CCUGGGUGAGGAGAAAUUGUUUAUCUUCUUGAACAGGAGAAUUGCCUGCACAGCUUCACAGCAAAGUCCUGUCUGGCUUGGCACAGCAGCCAGAGCACAGUGAGAGCUUGGCUGUUACAAGCUAGUCCUGAGCUCGGGAUGUACAUCCUGAUCCAACCAGGCAGAACAUGACGUUCUACAUUGGCUGCAAAAUGAGCUGGAAGCAUCCACAGGCCUCUGCCUGUAUCUGACACAGCUCUGAGGCCAGGAGGGAAUGCACAUCCUGAGAGAUGCAGCAAGUGUCAUGGGAAAAGUCACUGUGCUCUCUCCGGACAUUUGACUUAAAUCCACACAGCCAAAACUCUAGAGCUGGGCUUCUUCCGCCACUAAAAAUAUAUGAGAAAGGCCAAGAAGUCAUCAGAUUUAAAGUCAAAUCACAACUGCCCACAGCAGUAGCUAAACUCUCACCACAGUGAGCUGACACCCAGGUGCAUGGCAGCCACCCUGCUUGCUGCCUGUGCUGGUCCCACUCACGUUCCUUCCCACAGUCCCCCAAAGUGGACAGACAUGGACAGAUGAUACAGCAACUUGACACAACGGGAGAGGCAGGGGAUGGUGGAGCCUGGCAUGCACUUCAGAAGAUGUGAGGACAUUCCUUCCUCCAAGUGCCCCUCUUGCUCCAGGAGUUCUUGUGAAGGGAGAAAAGCCAGGACUGGAAACAAACCCACCUUGAACAGAGCAGAUAUCUUGAUUCUUGCCAGCAAGGAGCCCCCCACCCUCAUCCUACAGCCUGCACCUAGGAGUCCUUGCUGCUCUGCUGGCAGCACUGCCCACAGAGGGAAUGGUUUCUCCCUCAGCUUCCUUCAGGCUGAGGACCUGAGGGCUGCACCUGCCCAUAAAAAUGUUCACCACCAUCAAGGUGGCUGAAUGGUCCCCACAGUCCUGCUGAGGACACUGUCCUGCAUCCACCAUGCUGAGGACACUGUGGAUGUACAGAUGCUCCCUGACACAAGCACAGGAGCUCCUUGACCAAGAUGACAGCCCAGGCUGUUGAUGGAGAUCAGCUGCUCUCCACAGGCACUUCAAGCAUUUCCUCCAUGUUCUGCCCAUUGUUUGUAAAACAAAUAGCUCUCCCUGGCCCAGGAAGGCGCUUCUUACAGAGCCCCAGAGCUCAUUCACCCUGGGACAGAGUCUGAAAACACUUUUUCUGCAGCUUGCAGGGAACUGACAGCCUGUGUUAUGUCAAAAAUAGCAGCUGGAAAGGAGUUCCCAUUGUUGUAUGUAGUUGCUUUUCUGCCACAGCAACGUGCACAGCAGAGUCCCUGAUGUCCUCGAUGAGGAAGUUAUUUGGCAUCUGCUCCUGACACCCCUCCUACACCAAUCACCUCUUCUCUGCCCAGCCUCAGCUUGCAGAGACCUGGCAUCUCCCAGCCCACCCACUUGUCCCUCACUGAUACCUGGAUAUACCUGGAUGGUCACUCACAGCUGAGGAUGAGCAGGUCCUCACCAACCUUCCCUUGGCGUUCACGCACACACAAUCCAAUAAAAAUCACACAGCCAGCAGAGCAGUAACUUUUUUGCUAAAAUCAAGGGGCCUACAGGUAUGUGACUAAAGGCAAAAAUCAGCUGGACAUUAAGCACCGUGGGCUAUGUCCUGGUGCUUGGGAGUGUGUGGAAGCCCAGACCAUGAAUACAAGAAGCCGUGUACCACAUGCUGAAGCUCACCUGGAUGUCAGCUGGGCUCCCAGCCAGCCCUACUGCGCACGGUGCCGCCCUGCCACAGCCCCAGGUCACACACAGGCUGGGAACGCUCCCCGAGAGGCCAAACCCAAGCAAAAGCUAAACAUUGUUCACUCUCACAAGCUAUUGCAGGUCUGAAAAUAAACCCACUCAGUCUCCUCAGUUGCUGGUAAAGUACUUUCCCUUCAAAAUGACUUUAUAUGGAAAAAGGGAACCCUUCCAUAAGCAACAUCCAGUUAUUUUAGCUGGCAUGGCCUCAGCUGCUCCCUCCCAGGUCAGUACCCUGAGAGGAGGCAGCAGACGGGAAAUGCAAGCAGCUCCUGGCUUUCCCCACUCCCAAAGCUGCCUGCUGCUCUCUGACAGAUUUACAAGCCUCUGUUACUUUCUUCUGAAGGUAUUUCUUGUCCUCCUGUAAUCUAUCUCUGAAGAGAUUAAGGAGUUACAGAAGGAAAUGAGUGUUGGAUGCUGUGUCUGUUUGGACGCUCCCCCUCAGACUCCAGCAGGCCCUGGAAAGGCUGCAAGCACGAAAACAGCUUUGCCCCAAGCCCUGGAGACCUGAGACUGAGUCAGUGUGAAGAAGGGUCCUGGGCUCCCAUCAUUCUGCCAUGGAGCAACUUGUGCUUCCCACACUGCUGGGCUUGGUGCGGUGCACACCACUGCCGCUGGGAAUCCCAGCCCCGCUGUUUCACCACAGGCUGGCAACACUGCCUUCAGAGACCUUGUGCAUGACCUUCAUGGCAUAGACUCAUUUAAUGGCCUGGGUUGAAAAGCACCUUAAAGAUCAUGUAUUUCCACGAGCUAAAGCCUGGAAAGAAUGUGAAAGGCUUGCGCUGGGAGGCACAGAAAAAAGGCAUGGCAGCAUUUAUGCAUGGAAAAGCAAGCAGGGCUUUCAAAAAUCCGACCUGAUUAGACUUGUUACAUGGUAAUCUCCUAUUUAGUUCUAACCUCAGCCAACCUCAGCCCGACAAAGGAUUAAACACAUUUUUUUAGACACAGCAUGCCUUUCCAGCAACAGAAAAAACAAACAUAGGAUGGAAUUUGCUGAUCAGUAAUCAUUCCUUGCUAGUGAAUUUGGGUAUGCUGUGAUGAUUGAGAAUGAAGACACAGGUGAAAUACAGGAUCCUCCUGAGCAGUGAAGGUUUAGCAUAGUCCCUGGCAUAUUGUUGCUCUCUAGGACUCUACCAAGUGAUUAUUAAACAACUUCCAUCGUAGCUUUUAGCACAGUAACCAAAAAAAAACAAGCUCCAAUGAACCAAAACCUUUUCAAAUAGUGGAAUGCCUUUUAAGGAGGAAUUUAUGACCUGUGCCACAACAGUGGAAACCUCCAAAGUUACACAUGAAUUUUAACUCACCGGUAUUUUUGAACACUGAGAACCAUGAACAGCAGUGUUCAGGAGUUGGUCAUGAAACAUGACAGAAUCCAGGAAGGCUGGAUGUGUUUUAAAACAGGAAUUGUUAAACAUUCAAGAGCAGACUGCCCCAAGUGUGGAAAGACCAAGGAAAAUGACCAACCUCAUUAAACAGAGAACUUAGGCUGGAAUUUAGGAAAAAAAAAGGAGAAUCUAUCAUCUCUGGAAAAAGGAUCAGGUAACGUGGGAGGACUAAGAAUGUUAUGAGGUAAUGUAGGGAGAAAAUUAGAAGGGCCAAAGCCCAACUAGAAUUUUAUUUGGCUGCUACAGUUUAAGGCAACAAAAAAAAGUUUCUAUAAAUACAUUGGCAGCAAAAGGAAGGUCAAGGAGUGUCUCCACCAUCGGCUGAAUGCAGAAGGUAGUGUAGUGACAGGGGAUGAGAAAAAGGCAGAGGCACCUAAUGCUUUCUUUGUCUUAAAUACCAAGACCAGUUGUCCUUAGCACACCCAUCUCCCAGGGCUGGAAGUUGGUGAUGGGGAGAUAAGCAAAGCCCCCUUAAUCCACGAGGAAAUGAUCAGUGACCUGCUGUGCCUGUUAGACACUCACAAGCCUGUGGGCCCUGAUGGGAUCCACCCCAGUGCUCUGCCACAGACUCUCAGGAUGCAGCACAAAAAUGCUGGAAAGAUCCACCUACAAAAGCAAUGUUUUCCUUUGCAGUGGAAGACAGCAGGUAACUGGCCACCGCUGCAAGACCCCCACUCCCACCUGAUGCAAAAUCUCAAACCAGAUUCCUAGGAGAAUCAGGGAACUCGGUUCAUUUCCAACCACAGAUGACUUAGCAAAAACUUUUCUAAAUCUUUCCCCAGCAAAGACAAAACCAUUCAUGAAAUGUGUACAUUCUUCUAAGUCUCUUAAAAUCCAGAAAAGGAAGAAUGGGAGGAAAGAACUAAAGCAAUCUGAGUCUCUUGUUAACAAAUCUAGAAGAAUUUCUUGCAAAAUGUGCCUGGCUAUGAACUAUGUUCUAUGGUGUCUAGAGUUGGCAACCUUUGUACUUAAUGCAGCUGAAUCAGAAGAUGAACUAAUCUCAGUGAUAACAGAAGUCUACCAUUUCCCACAAAAUGUUUUCCCCAAAUUCCUGUUUUUGCUCUACUCUGGUAGUGGAUUAAAAAAAUACAAGAAACCACCCUCAAAACUAAGAUAUUUCUGGCAAAGCCUCCACAGCUGAAUUUGGAUGGAAUGAGCCUACAGAUGUGAUUCGUGUUUCUUGUCUUGUUUCUUCAAGACCUUGUUCCCACAGGUCUUGAAGCUGACCUGUGGGAACCUGGCACUUUGUUUGCAGCCCAGAUGAACCUUUAUGGAAUAGUGAAGCAUCAGCAAUGCAAAACCACUGAUGGGGUAAAUUGGCAGGAAUCUGGGGGGUGGGGGGUGAUAUAUUUUCCCCUGCGGCUGCCAGUCUCCACAAGAGCCUGGCAGUCACAAUCCUAUCAGCCAUCAGUCCAUCAGCCUGUGUUUUUUAAACCCUGUGGACAGCAAAGAAACCUCACACUCACCUUCUUCUGAGCCCCAAAGCUGGUGUGUGGCACCUUAGCAAAAAACCCCUUCCAUGAGGGAUGGCUUCUGGGAAGCCAAAAUGAUACCUCUCUGAGGGGAUAGCACAGCUCCAGUGACCGGGAUCUCCCUGCUGGUGAGAUUUAGACAAGAUUAAUGCUGGUUACAGUCAGUUGUAAAAGAACCUCUCCUGGUUCUGCUGUUAAUCCAUAGCCUGUGGGAGGGAUCCUGUGAGCCCUCACUAUCAUAAGGAAAUUCCCUGCAUAUUCCCCGUGCUGGGAAAACACUUCCAUGGAGCCACAGAGUUUUAAACCACAUUCAGAUGAAUAGAAAUAAAGCAGACUGCUUGGCAAGCCAGCAAAUUUACCCUUCACACAGAGAGGCCCUGAGUUUCUACCCCCAGGAGGUCUUUGUAGGUAGGUACAAAGCAGCACCAGUUCCCCUGAGAGUGAAACGCUGUCCUCUGAAGUCUGCUGAGAGCUGCUUUGUGGUACACUGCAUUUGAGCAAGAACAAGAGUUUGGCUUCCACCAUGAGAGAAGGGAGAAUAACACAAAGAGAAAGCCUUGCCUGACAACAGCAAAACAACCUGGAGACCCCAAGACCUUGUCCUGUUGGAACAAGUAUUAGGGACUUCAAACGGUAUGAGGCAACUUCGGCAGUAUUUCCAGCAGUCACAACACAUCUCUCAAAGCAGAUAUUUGCUGGUAGCUUAUGAUAAGAAAGACUCAGGGGUAUUUAUCCCUUCCUGCAUCAGUUAGGUAACAAGUUGGUGCCUGGUAUUUUUCAGCUCAGAGAUCAUCAUCAGGAAUCCUGAUGGCUUUUUUUUUUUUAUGAGGGUUGGUGCUUUGAGGUUGUUUUUCUGCCUGGCUUGAGCUGAGACAUGCAACUCUAAUUCUUUAUGCCAGCUGGCUUUGCAUGGCAGCGGGUACCACAGCCCUCCUGCCCCAGGUCCUAGCGGUCCUGCAAACAGCCUCAGUGUGUGCACUGCAAAUUGAAUUUCAGCCCACACUCCUGAAGCCACCAACUCCUUAAGAGGCACUUCUGAACAUCUGUGCACAGCUGUGUGACAGCAGGGACAGAGGACAGCUCCUCAGCUGUCCGAGCAGCCUCCCCUCCUGCCAAGGGGGCCACCCGAGGAGGCUCCCCAGACCGCCUGUACCUGCCCUGCCUGCAGGAUUCUGCCUUGUGUCCAGACCCGCCCUGCCUGCAAGACCUGGCAGCAGACCUGAGCUGCAGCUUCAUAGGCAGAGAGCAAACAGUCUAUUUAAAGGUAAUGUUGGAAAGCAGAUAGAAAACUUCAUAGCAUCUGCCACCUGCAUCCUCAGCACUGCAACAGGCAAAGAGGCUGCACAGGUAGAGAUGGGAUGUGGGUAGUGGUGCCCUGACAGGGCACAGGGCUAACCCAGGGCCAGCUCUGAGUGCAAGUGUGAGGGCUCAGCAGGAGACCAGCCAGUAGGGUGCACCAUGGCAUCACUGCCUGCUCCCCCAGAGCAAAAAGGCAGGCAGCUUUUUCUGCUGGCACAGCACCAAGAGCAGCCAGGCAGCUCCAAGGAGUUGGCAAUCAAGAAUUAUGUCUUUUUCCAACAGCCCUGAGUAUCCCCAAUAGUCCUGCCCACAUAAAACCCACUCCAGAAAGGACCAGCUGGAGCCCUCCAUCUGCCAAGUGCAGGUAGAGCAAGGGUUCUUUCCAUCCUUUCAAACUCUUCUCAACUGUGUCUUCCUUUGCCCUCCAGCAGGAAGUUCUGGCUGCUGCAGAAAUACUUUUUUCUGCAUGGCUUCAUGAUUUUUGUACAAAACACAGACAUCACAUCUGAGAGGUGUGGGAAACAACCAAGAACACAGUCAAGGCAAAUUCUGUAGGGAUGAGAAAAUGUUCAUUCCUUUCGCUAUUUAUUAUCAAAGAAAGAUCCAACAGGAUGUGCAAAACAAGUCUUCCCUCUCCAGCUCCACUUGAACAAAAAAAAAAAAAAAUUAAAAUCCCAAGAGCAAUUAAACACAGUUAGGACCCACUACUGGAUGUUUCUGGAUCUAUUCUUAGAUACUAUCUUGAAAGGCUGUUUUCUCUUGGACUGAAAGGACCUGCAAGGGCAUGCAGACACCUCAGAGCCCAUCUACCACAAGCAGGAAGCCCAAGUGCCCUGCCACCCAAGUGCAAAAACUGUCCCAAAAAUAACUGAUCCUGCCUGUUGGUGGUCCCCCCUGUGCUGGAUCCCACCUAGAUAGUGCCUUAAGGAGAUUGCAUCUGUUUGUGGUGGGAAAUGGCAAAAAUCAAAACUCCCACUAUUUGACUACCACAGUAUUCAGGUCCUUCUAGAAACCUAGAAAAGUGAUAUCUCCUGUCUGGAAAGAUACUGGAGAAAGUUGUAUUCUGUCAGGCCGACGGGAUGGAUGUUCUCGCCUGUCAGUGUUUCAAAAUCCAUGUGAAGAUUACAACUCCCCGCCCUUCCCACCCAAUGCUCGUAACUGCCUGGAGGCCCUGAGGGAUACAGAAAUACUUCCAGAUGUCUAGCACGGUUGUGGGAUGAGUUCCUGACUCUGCUGCAAGCCACAGAGCAGCACAUAUCACCAGAAGGCCCAUGGAACAAGGAAGGUUCAUGCGGCUGAGGGAAAUCUCUGGAGGGUCAGUUGUGGCACCACUGCUGAGCAGCCCACGUCCAUCCUGCUCCCUUCCCUGAGAUGCUGGCUCAGAGCUCUCCCAGCAGCAGGAGCCAAAAGAACAGGUCCCCUGAAUGGUGGAGGACAGGACAUUUUGCCAGUUGCUCUGCACCACAUGCUCUAGAGAAAUUCUUAAGCAGUUAUCAGCCCACAAAGGUGUCUUGCUGCAGAUCUGCACACCUGAAGAGACCUUCUCCAAGGAAAGGAUGCAGUUUGCACAUGGAAUGGCUGUCCCACUCUGACACCCUUCUUCAGAAAAGCUGCUGCGAGGAUCAGGGGACAGAAAAGGUCUUGUGGAACCUGUUGGAGGCUUGCAGGUCAGUGGCCUUCCACACCCCUUGCCAGUGGCUCAUGUUUGCAUUGACCUCAUCAAACUGUCUCCAUAGUCUGAAGCAAAGCCCUACCAGGUUGAACCACCAUUGAGUCUGGGAACUGGGACAGUAUCUUACAAGUAUCAAUACCUGUUUUGCAAUGAACUCCCAUAUUACUUUGGGCAAGACAAGUGAGAACACAGCCUUCUUCUCAAGCACGCACCUGAAGCAUGACAUCGUUCAGACCCACCUGCUCACUUGUCUGGGCUGGCAGAACCAAGAAGCAAUAUGUAUUUUAGGACUCCUGAAGGCCACUGGGCAGGAAAGGCUCCUUCCAAAUACCAGACAGAGGCACGGACUGAGGCCAUUCUUAUCUCAUUCCACAUUACCCUGAAGGCUGAAAUUCCUUCCCUCCAAGAGUUAAUACUGUACCACACUGUUUAUGGCUAAUAUGUAAGCCUAAUGCUUUGGACAAGGUUUGUGAAAAGCCACACAGGGCAUUUAAUGGGCAACAUCAAAGUGCAUAACCCAAUCCUCACCCAGCCUUUCGUGCUUGCCUUGGGAGUUUCAGAAACUUUUUUUUUUUUGCAAACAUACUUGGCCUCAGUUAUGAGAAACAAGAGAAGGAGGAGGUGGAGGUUGUGACCCGCUCAUACUGUGUUUAUGAGAACACUCCUCCACCAAAACAGCACUGGUGCUGCUAUCCUGUCCUUGAGAUGUUUAGUAUAUGGUUUGAAUGCUAUGUCUUACCCCUCCCUCCUGCCCAGCAAAAAUCACUCUCAGAGGCCAGAAUUUCUAGUAGAGGCUCUGCAGCAGAAUAAUUUCUUCCUUGAGCACUAUCCCUAAGAAAAAAACUUGGGAUGAAUCAAGCUCCUGGUCAGAAACGCUGCAAGUGCAAACUGCUACCUACAGCUCACAGGAAAGCCACCGAUUGUUUUCAUUUCGAACCAAAGCAAGUCAGUGAACGCUGGCUCUGAAUUUCUGUGGCUUUCACAUCCAUUUAAUCAUUUCCUUUCCUCUCUGCUUGCAACCAUCCUGGGCAGAACACUCCCCUGGAUAGUUCACCCCUUUCGUUCCACCUCACAGCGGCCCAAAUUGCAAACUUCUGACAAAGUACGAAAAGUGAGGGCGCGUAGUUCCAGCACCGCUGGAAGCCAACAGCGAGUGCCCAAUGCUCCUCUGCGUUUCUGGGGCUGGUCCGAAGCGUUGCUCCAAGUUUAGGCAGCGCCAUCCGACUGGGACUCUCCGGUCCAUUUAAGGGCGCACACAGUCGCAGAGGAAUGAGGAGGUGCGGUGCUCAAACCAUGAUGCAACACAUAAGCUCAUUCUCUUCCCUAACGGGAAGCUAUCCGAACACUGGGCUAAAGCUUCAGCAAACUGCCCCAAGACAAGGCUGGUGCAAGAACUGGCAAACGAAAAUAUUAUUCAAGUAGCGUGUGGGGACCAGCAUGCCAUGGCACUAUCCAGAGGGGGUAAGCUCUUCACCUGGGGCCAGAACACCCACGGACAGCUUGGAGUGAGGAUCCAAACCACAUUUACUCCCAAACCACAGCUGGUGGAAAGACUGAAGGGCAUCCCACUUGCUCAAAUUGCUGCCGGAGGAGCUCACAGCAUCACUGUAUCACUCUCUGGAGCUGUGUAUUCCUGGGGAAAGAACAGUUUUGGACAGCUGGGACUCGGAGACACGAAAGAUAAGGACUGCCCAACAUAUGUUGGAGCUCUAGAGCACUGGAAGACUGUGUUUAUCUCAUGUGGGGCAGAUCAUACUGCAGUUCUCUCCAAGGAGGGGCUGGUGUGCACCUUUGGAGCAGGAGGGUCUGGCCAGCUGGGUCACAACUCCACCCGGAAUGAACUCCUGCCUCGAGUGGUGGCUGAGCUGUGGGGAGCAAGGGUUUCACACAUUGCCUGUGGCAGACAAUACACUCUGGUCUAUGUCCCUUCCUUGGACAAACUCUAUUUCUUUGGUUCUGAUGAUGGACAACUGGAAAAUGAGAGGAAGCCAAAUCAGUUGAUACCACUUCCCAUCAAUUCACCAGUGAAUACUGGAAAAUACUGCCAGAAAAAGGAUGCAUCACAAAAAGGGAUAAAAAUUACUGCAGGAAUAAACCAAAGUUUUGACCACUUCAAGGAGAAGAAUUCAUAUUUGAGCAGAAUUGCCACUCUGGAGGAUAAAGAAGUGGAUGCAUGGGUUUCUAAUUCUAAAUGUCGUAAGAGUAUAAAAAAGAAUAUCAGACUGAUUUUUUCAUCUGAGGCUUGCAUCAAUGGAAGCUUCCUGGACAAAAGAGACAAACAUUUCAAAACUUCCAAAGAAGUCUCAGGCAUAGACAUAUCAGAAGUGAAACGUUUUUAUGAGAAGAUCAGUACAAACCAAACAGUCUAUCAGAAGGUGCAACAGGCGAUUCUGAAUUUACUGAGAUCAUUGUCUCCCUCUUUCAUCUCACCUGAAAAUUUCAGAGUCUACUUGAUCUUGCCUUUCCUUCUGAAUGGGAAGGAUAUAGACUCUUUCCUUUCUCUGAUUCUUCUGGCUCAAGCCAUCAUGAAGCUCCAGCCAAAGGGCCUGCAAACUCUUGAAUGCCUAUGGGCAAACCUAGAAACACCCUUUUUCAAGGAGCUGGUCACUGUCUAUCAGAGGAUUUCCCAGGAAAUCCUGUUGCAAUUUGUCCUGGACUGCAAAGCCAUUGGACCAAGCUGCCUCUUCAAGCUGGACCCAACUGAAAGUGCACCUCUGCAAAUACUGCAGAUGCUUUACCAGGUGAACUCCAGAACUGGUUUCAGAGUACAUGAAAACGACUUCCAUGUACCUGAAGUGAAAGAGAUUAUCAACUUAUAUUCGUCCUUCAAUAUAGUAAGAGUCCUAAGGAACAUGAGCAAGUACCCAUGCAUCUUUGACAGAAUAAACAAGAUCCACCUUCACAGAACAGAAUGCAGGGUUCUGUCCAAUAUCUCUCCUAUACCCCUUAUGUGGAUGGCUGAAAAAUGGAAAUUUUGCAUCAGAAGACAAUGCCUUCUGCAAGACAUAUGGAAAAAUUUAAAAUCCGCCUCAAACCAAGAUUUCAGGAAGAUGUUAGAGGUGACUUUUGUGGGUGAGAUGGGAGAGGACAGAGGUGGGGUGUCCCAGGAGCUCUUCAGCAUUGCAGCCAGGACCCUCUGCCAGCCCAGUGCCAGCACCUUCUGUCAAUUCCCCUCCGGCCUCGUGUGGUUCCCCAAACAGGCCUCAAGCCGUGAGGAUGAGGACACCUUCCUCUUGAUUGGGACACUGUGUGGAAUGGCCCUGUUUAACCAGUGCAUGGUGCCCUUCCCCUUCCCCAGGGCACUCUACAAAAAGCUACUGGACCUGGCCCCCACCCUGGAGGACUUUGAGGAUCUGCUGCCAACCAUGGGCCGGAGUCUUCGGAGAAUUUUGAAUGAAGAAAGUGAUAGCUUGGACUUGGACUUCACGAUAAUGGAAGGAGGAGAUUCCACGGAUGUUGUUGAACUUAAAGAAAAUGGUGCCAACAUUCCUGUCACUAAGGAUAACAGGAAAGAAUAUAUUGAUUUGUAUGUGAAUUAUAUAUUCAAUAAAUCAGUACAGAAGCCAUUUGAGGACUUUAUGCAAGGGUUCUUAAGAGGCUGCCCAGCUAGAAAUUGGAAGAUGUUUUUCCCUGAAGAGCUGCAGGUUCUUCUCCAGGGACACACAACAUUUGACUGGCAUCUGCUGGAAAAGAAUGCAAUGUACAGACGGUACAACAAGUCAGAUCAAACUAUCAGGAAUUUUUGGACUGUGUUUCACAAGCUACCAGAAGAAAAAAAGAAAAUGUUCCUUGCUUUUUUGUCAGGAUCUGAUCGAAUCACUGGCUAUGGACUGGAAUGUUUUAGAUUUCGGAUUGAAGAUCCUCAAGUAGAAAAUCCAGAUGAGGUCUCUCCCUCUGCCAGUACUUGCUGUCUCAUUUUGUUCCUCCCUAGAUACAGCAGUAAAAAAACACUCAAAGCAAAAUUGCUUUUUGCCAUAGAGCAUAAUGAAGGUUUUGGCCUUGAUUAACUCUGGGUUAGAAGCACUUUAAAGCAAAAAUAAGAAAAGGAGCCUUUGUUCACUUGUCAUGUUUCCUCUUAAUAGCUCCAGUUUACUGUUUUCUACCCUACCUUAUUUUUACUGCACUUCAUAAAUACCUGAGUGUUUGUAUUUGCAGAGAUUUUAUAUUGCUUAUAAAAUUAAGCUUUGACCAGAUACCUCAUAGUUAGAUUGUAAAGUUAGGAAAGAAGAAUCCUGUUUGGCACACUUCAGAGAAGCAAGCUGAUAACCAAACAUAUUUACACAGUCUGGUUUUGUUAGGACAGUGAGCUCCCAGCAGCAGGGAUUCUGUGAUUUGUGCAUUUAUGCAUUAUCAGGCACACAACCAGGAUGUGUUAAGCAGUCACCCUUGCAAGGCAAAGCUGGGGUAAGGUUUUCAUCUGUGUUACUUAAGAUUUCCCUUGGGGAGCAACUAACACAUUUAAUGAGACUGAGUUUAAGGAGCAGUCUGUGCUCACCUGGACAUGGUCUGUGAUUUAUUUGAGAGAAAUUCUGAGGAGGAUUUGAUCAUUCCUAGACUUUUUCAAAAGCUGUAUUAAUGAAUUAUAAUAAUAUUUUUUUUUGUUAUUUAGUGUGAUAACUGUGAUAUUUUUAAUGUUUCUAUCUUCUAAGGAGAUGUUUCACAAUUAAAUAGUAAAAUCUUAGGCUUGCAGAACAGCACUGUCUACAGAGCCCUGUGAACAUGAGGCUGGCAGGGCUUCUGGAAUCUCAUUGUCAAAACAGUGCAGAGCACUGGCAGGAUAUUAACAGUGUCAGGCAGGAUGUGUGUUUUCUGUGUAUUUUGCUAUGUGGAGAGAGGGAGAGAAACAACAGUCAUUUUUCAGCAGCCUUCUCUUUGGUUAAAUCUGUCAGGUGACAUCCAUAUGUAAAGAAUACUUCCACUGUCUUAAAUUAAAUGAUGAUGGAUUAAAUUUUCA